UCUCUUUACUGCAAGGGCGCCAAACAGAGUAGCCACACUUCUUCUUGCUUCGAGAAUGCCGAUUGCUCCUUCCUUGUUGUCAUCAUCUUCCUCAGUCUCUCAGUUUCUCCCCAGAUUCCCUAACGCUAAUAGGUUCAAUGUAGCUUCACGGAGCAGAGCCGCUACCGUCGUCGCGGCCUCCGUCACCGACCUAGCCAGCAUAGACAGUACAACUAUCGCCGUAGUCGGAGGCGGAUCCGUAGCAGCUCUCGCGGCGAUGGUUUCGUUGACGGAUCCGGAGAGGAGGAGGAAGUUGCAGGCGGAGGAAGUUGGAGGAGGAGAUAAGGAGGUCGUGAGGGAGUAUUUCAACAGCACGGGUUUCGAGCGGUGGAGGAAGAUCUACGGCGAGACUGACGAAGUGAAUCGCGUGCAGAAGGAUAUUCGAAUCGGACACGCCAAAACCGUGGAGAACGCGAUGCUUAUGCUGACGGAGGAAGGAUCCUUGGCCGGCGUCACGGUCUGCGACGCCGGAUGCGGAACCGGAUCUCUCUCCAUUCCACUUGCUAAGGAAGGUGCGAUCGUCUCUGCUAGCGAUAUCUCUGCAGCUAUGGUUGCCGAAGCUCAGAUGAAGGCAAAGCAGCAACUACCAUCAGAGAAUUUACCAAGAUUUGAAGUGAAUGAUUUAGAGAGUCUAAGUGGGAAGUACAAUACAGUCGUAUGCCUGGACGUGCUGAUACAUUACCCUCAGAACAAAGCAGACGGAAUGAUCGCACACCUUGCUUCAUUAGCAGAGAAGAGAGUGAUUCUGAGUUUUGCUCCAAAGACAUUCUACUAUGAUAUCUUGAAGAGAAUCGGAGAGCUUUUCCCAGGGCCUUCAAAGGCUACAAGGGCUUAUCUACAUGCGGAGGCAGAUGUUGAAAGAGCAUUGCGUAAGGUUGGCUGGAAAAUCAGCAAGAGAGGACUCAUUACCACCCAGUUCUACUUUUCUAGGCUCAUCGAAGCUGUUCCGAUGUAGGUCAGUUUUUUGAAAGACGACUGUUAUUUGAUCUGUUGAUUAAUCUUUGGGAAUGAAAUAGGAACUAUGCCGCCAGUGUAAAACUCACUGAAGAGACUUUCCCAACUCUUCCUGCUCUCUGAGCCCUGAGGGUGGUGUCUACAAAGAAGCACCUUCUUCAGGCCCCGGUUCAUAGUUCUUCACUGUUUAAUAUGUAAUCAAUGUAAUAUGUAACUUUACCGUAUGCUAAAAACUCUUGCACAAGAUUUGCUACAAUCAUAUUGAAGGUCUUAAAACCAUA